AUGGCGACGCAGUACCUCACGCCCUUCGUCGUACCAGGCUACGAGCCACCAUCGCCGGAUCCCGAGACGGGCGAAGUGCGGACAAAGACGGAGGACGAGCGUCGCGAGAUUAUUAGCCAGAUGAAGCAGAUCAGGCUCGUACAGGAGGGCAUGGAGAGUCCGGUGGCCAAGGCUGCCAUCAGUGGUGCUAUGGGAUUCGGCAUCGGCGCCUUCUUCUCCCUGAUGGGCUCGUCCUUCACGAUCGAGGACCCGCUGCAGCGAGAACAGUACGCGGGCAUGAACACCCGGCAAAAAGCCAAGGUUAUCUUCGGCGACAUGGGCAAGAGCAUGUGGCGGCAAGGCAAGGGAUUCGGUAUGGUCGGAGCGCUGUACGCAGGGACGGAGUGUAUUGUCGAAGGCUUCCGCGCCAAGAACGACAUUUACAACUCGAUCUACGCCGGCCUGAUAUCGGGCGCCGUCCUCGCGCGGAACAGCGGUCCUCGAGCGAUGGUUCUCGGAGGAAUGGGUUUUGCGGCUUUCUCGGCAGCCAUCGACUCGUACAUGCGCCGGGAUACGCCCGACGAGGACGCGUAG